AUGAGAAUCGCAAUAGUUGGUACGGGAGUGUCGGGCAUUUCAGCAUUGUGGUUAUUGAACGAAUACUCGGAACAUGAAGUGAAUAUCUAUGAGAAAGAUGAGAGACCAGGUGGACAUACUCAUACUGUCGAGUUCGAGCGAGAUGGAAAAGAAAGUUGUCAAGUAGAUACAGGCUUUAUCGUUUGCAAUCCACCUACAUAUCCAAAUUUCUUACAAUUCCUCAAAUUGUUGAAUAUACCAACACUGAAAACUGAAAUGACAUUUUCAGUCACUAGGGAUAGAGGUAAAUUUGAAUGGGCGGGUGAAGGAUUAUCAGGUGUUUUCUGUCAACUAUCGAAUUUGUUCAAUCCACGUUUAUACCGAAUGAUAUUCGAUAUUAUUCGAUUCAAUCUCUUCGCUACGGAUUUACUGGAUCAAGAAGGCGAUAAACAAGGAAUCAGUAUUGGUGAUUAUUUAGAAAAAGAAGGUUAUUCAAAUGGAUUUAGAGAUGAUUAUCUCAUGCCAAUGACAGGUGCUAUUUGGUCAACACCGGCAGAUCAAGCAGCAUUAGAUUUCCCAGCUUCAACCCUGAUCAGAUUCUUCCAUAAUCAUCAUUUAUUACAACUUACAGGUAAACCAAAAUGGCUAACUGUUCAAGGUGGAUCAAAGAAAUACCUUGAUAGAGUACUCGACAAAUUACCAAAAGAAAACCUUCAUCUCAACACCGAAAUUAUAGCUAUUGAGUCGCUAGAUAACGGUGUUAAUUUGGUAGAAGCGAAUGGACAAAAACAUCUAUAUGAUCAUGUCAUCUUGGCUACACACUCGGAUACGACAUUCAAACUGUUGAAGAACGGUGGAGGUCUAACAGAGGAUGAAGAGAAAGCAUUGAAACCUUGGAAAUGGAGUAAGAAUGAAGCUAUCUUGCAUUGGGAUGAAAAGUUAAUGCCUAUCAGACGGAAGGCUUAUUCAGCUUGGAACUAUCUUACACUUACUGAGGGAACUGAAAACAAACCUAAAACCUCCGAUUCAGAAGUGGAGACUGUAUCUCUGACAUACGAUAUGAAUAUACUGCAACACCUUCCAGAGUCGAAACAUGGACUAGUCCUGGUCACGCUAAAUCCUCCAUUCCCACCUGAUGAAAGUAAAGUGAUAGGGAGGUGGUCAUAUGAUCAUCCAAUGAUGACACACGAAUCGGUUGCUGCUCAAUCUCAUCUACCCGAUAUACAGAACAAACGGAAUAUAUCGUUCGUUGGCGCAUGGACAAAAUACGGUUUUCAUGAGGAUGGAUUUUCAUCUUCAAUGAAAUUAAUUACUCAACAUCCUUUCAACGUUAAUCCUCCAUUCCCCAUCAAACCCGCUUCCAGAGGUUUACCCUCGAACGAUGCCACUGUAUUAUUAGCUAGAGUGAUAGUGAACCUUUUAGAAUUAGGUAGAAGGAAGAUCCAACCUGCUUGGUACUGGAUUAGAUGGAUAGUUAUAGUAGGAUUGGUCUGGAUAGAACAAGUGUUAGGUUCGAUAGGAUUGAAAGAACCCCAAGAGACAAUAGCGAGACUGAAAGGGUAUUGGGUGGGUGAUGAUGCCGAAGACAAGAAGAGGAGAUGA